CUCCUUCUCCUUCUUCUUGUUCAUAGUUUUGUGUAGAUAUGGAUUGCUCUAUUUGCAGCUCCAUGCCAUUUAUGUUAAGGCCUCCGAGGAACACCAUAUGUGGAGCUUGUUUUGAGGGAGCUAAAAGUGUAAUCACAUUGAUGAACAAGAUUGAAGGUGAUCAUAAUAAAGCAGCUGCUGAUAAAUCCAGUAAUUCUGUGUUUUCUUCAUCAAAUUCUUGUAAGCCACUAGCAAACCUUCUAAAAAUGGUGAACAGCAUGAAAGAAGUAGAAGUGGAGCUGAACAAGAAAUUAAAUUUUCUUAGUGGGUUUGUUACUGCAUUCAGAGAACAAAUUCACACCGAUAUACAAAUCAAGCCUGGCAAUAAUGGACCUCCGCUUCCUGCACAUAGAGCUUUACUGGCGGCAAGAUCAGAAAUCUUCAAAAACAUGCUAGAUUCAGAUGGAUGCAAGGCUCCACCAAGUGAUGACACCAUUACGCUCCCAGAGUUGAACCACGAGGAACUUGAAUCUCUUCUUGAUUUCCUCUACAGUGGGAGCUUGGCUACAGACAAAAUGGAGAAGCAUGUUUAUUCAUUGUUUCUUGCAGCUGACAAGUAUGAGAUUCCAUACUUGCAGGAGUUUUGUGAGCGGCAUAUGCUUGCUUCCUUGAACUCGUCAAAUGUCCUUGAUGUUCUUGAAAUCUCAGACGUUUGUUCUAAUAAAACUUUGAAGGAGACUGCCUUGAACUUCAUUGUCAGAAACAUGGAGGACAUUGUUUUCUCACCUAAAUAUGAAGCUUUUGCUCCCAAAAAUGCUCAUUUAAGUGUACAAAUCACAAGGGCUUUUCUUUUGGAUGCUAAAACCAGGAGAAUCAAUGCUUAAUUAUGAUUGGAUAUCUUAUAUGAUUGAUCAAUGAAAUAAAUAUUUUUUUUUAUUCUUAUAAUAAGAUUGUAAUUAAUU